AUGGAGUGUCGCGUUAGAGCCCGCCUGCAGUAUCAAGCGGCCGUGAUCCAGGCACGAAUUGACCUGUUGGAUGCAAAUGUAGAUAUUGUCGCUUAUGAAAACAGCAGAAGAAGGAGGCGACUGCGGAGGUGGUGGUCAAAGGCUUGGCUGGGUCCUGAGAGACGUCGAAUGUUUGGUCUCUACGAUCAACUCAUGAUGGAGCUGCGUAGAGAAGACCAGCGGUCAUUUACGAACUUCAUGAGGAUGCCUCCUGAGAUGUUUGAUAAGAUUCUGGAACGAGUGGGUCCUAGAAUAACAAAACAAUAUACUACAUACAGAACCCCUCUUGACGCUGGAAUGAAGAUAGCCGUUACACUCAGACACCUUGCGUCAGGGUCAAAGUAUUCCAACAUGCUGUUUGCCUGGAGGAUACCUCACAACACCAUCUCUGUCAUCGUGCGAGAAGUGUGCAGAGCAAUUAUAGACGAGUAUGUGGACGAGAUCAUGCCUUUGCCAUCAACAGCUGCUGACUGGAAACGCAUUUCAGAUGGCUUCUUGGCAAAAUGGAACUUUUCUCACACUUUGGGUGCGUUGGAUGGCAAACAUAUUGCCUGUAAGUGUCCACCUAGUUCCGGGUCCACAUAUUUCAACUGUAAGAAGUACUACUCCAUUGUCCUGCUGGCCCUCGUUGACUACGACUACAAGUUCAUUUGGGCCGACAUCGGAGGCCGCGGUGCUGCAUCUGAUGCUCAGUUGCGGAACGAUUCCGACCUUAAAGCUGCAACGGGGAACUUGACCUGCCGAACCCCGAACCCCUGCCACACGACACGCAGGAUGUGCCAUUUUUCUAUAUUGGCGACGAUGCCUUUGGAGACCUAUAUGCAGAAGCCAUACAGUCACAGAGCCUUGUCCGACGAUGGAAGGAUUUUUAACUACAGGCUGUCAAGGGCUCGAAGAGUGGCUGAAAAUGCUUUCGGCAUGAAUCACUUGGUAGAUCUGAGUCUUUUGGAAUUUUUACAGACGGAGUUUCUUCCUCAGUAA